UUUGGUGUUAUUUUCUUUUAAGAAUUAGUUUUUGGUAGUUGGUUGUUAUUUUAUUUUAAUUAGCAGUUUUUGGACUGGGGAUUGACUGGUCCUUAAGAUGAAAUCUAUAAGGGGAUAUGUUUUUAUAUUAAUUGUACUUAAUGGUUAUCUAGUUUUGGAGUUAAUGAUGUGGAUUUACAUUUCUUGGGUUUUAGAUUGGAAAAUUUGCCUUCAUUCACUUGCUUUUACUGUACAGAUAUGUUUUUCUUUUCUGUUUGUUCAAGUAGUUUUAGUUGUGCAUUAACUUUCUGGGGUUUAUUGGGAAGGGUUUACUUGUGGUUUUUCUGCUAUUGCCAUCUAGGCCCCAUGUGAUUCUGUAUAUGAGGGUAGUUAAUUUAUGUAGGCAAAGAUUUGAAGGGAUUUAUUUUCUAUAGGGCAGUAACAGUGAGGAAUUUUGAUGGGCUUUUGUUAGUUUUUGUGAAGUUAUGGAUUGCUGGUUACAUUUGCUAUAGAGCAUAUCAAUUAGUCUUUGAAGACAGCUGCAAAUGUGAUGAAAUGUUUUUGAAUCAAAACUUUUAGGGAAUAGGGAUCAAAAAACUCACGUUUGCUUUAAUAGUACUUAAUUCUUUGUACUUAUCUCCCUAGGAUUUCUUUGUAAUGUGGUUCAAUGAUCACCAAUGUGCAAAUUUGUUAGGGUGUUGUUGGUCUAAGGUGUGGUCUCUACAUGCUUUUAUUUCCAGUUGGUCUGUUAUGCAUAUGGUUUUAGUACUUGCCGUUUAGGAAUAUCCUUUUGUAUGUUAGCCUUGCUGUAUAUGUUUGUUCUAUGUGAUGUGUACAUUCUCACUUUAGUGCUCUAGGUUUCUAUGUUUUUUAUUCAUGAAUUGUCUGGUGCUCUGUAGGACUAGAUUUCUAAAUUCGUUUGAAGACCCCAAGGAGAAGGAAGUGGCGUAUAAAACUUGCAAUGGAGCAAUACGAAAUUCUAGAGCAGAUAGGCAAAGGUUCCUUUGGUUCAGCUCUUCUUGUGAGGCAUAGACAUGAAAAGAAGAAGUAUGUCAUGAAAAAGAUUCGUUUGGCUCGUCAAACUGAUAGAGCCCGUAGGUCUGCCCACCAAGAGAUGGAGCUUAUUUCGAAGGUAACAAAUCCUUUCAUUGUGGAGUACAAGGAUUCCUGGGUAGAAAAGGGCUGCUAUGUCUGCAUUAUUAUAGGAUACUGUGAAGGUGGAGACAUGCAAGAAGCUAUAAAAAAGGCAAAUGGUGUACAUUUUCCUGAGGAGAAACUUUGCAAGUGGCUAGUUCAAUUGCUAAUGGCACUAGAUUACUUGCAUUCCCACCACAUACUUCAUCGAGAUGUCAAAUGUUCAAAUAUAUUUUUGACGAAAGAUCAAGACAUACGUCUAGGUGAUUUUGGCCUUGCCAAAAGGUUGACUUCUGACGAUCUUGCUUCUUCUGUUGUGGGAACCCCCAGCUACAUGUGCCCUGAGCUUCUUGCUGAUAUACCUUAUGGUUCAAAGUCAGAUAUUUGGUCUUUAGGAUGCUGCAUCUAUGAAAUGGCUGCAUACAAGCCGGCAUUUAAAGCUUUUGAUAUACAGGCACUAAUCCACAAAAUAAAUAAGUCUACAGUGGCUCCUCUUCCUACCAUGUACUCCAGUGCAUUCCGAGGGCUUGUUAAAAGCAUGCUGAGGAAGAAUCCAGAACUUAGACCAAGUGCUUCAGAUUUGCUCAGUCACCCGCAUCUUCAACCACUUCUUGGGGAUAUCCAUUCGAAGUUGAAUGGCCCCAGGCGUAGUUCUUUCCCUGUCCAUAUGUCUCACUCUGACUUUGUAAAGAAAACAAGAUUCGCAGAGCCAGAAGCUGUUCUCCAUUAUACUGGCAGAGAGAGAAGGCAAUCUUUCAGUAAUGACAGGACCUUGAAUCCCAGUAUAUCUGGUACGGAACAAGACUCCCUGGAAUCCCGUGAAGAGAUCAAUAUUCCCAAAGCUGUUACCACGAAGCUUGCAUCAGCUACCAAUACUCCAAGAUCGAUGCCUGCAAAAGUCUCUGUUACUCCAAGGAGACAGACACCAUCAAAAAUAAUCCAUACUUGUUCAAAACGUGAUUCGCUUCCAGUGUCGUAUACUCCGGCGGCAAGCAAAUCUCAUUCUACACGCAGAGCAUCCCUUCCAUUCCCGACGAAAGCUGUAAACGUACCUAACCGUUCCAGAGCUAAUGCAGGCCUUCUUCCUAGCAUUGAAUCUCCAAAUGUUUCUGUCGACGCCCCUAGAAUCGACAAGAUUGCUGAAUUUCCACUGGCUUCUUCCGACGACCCAUUCGUUCACAUCCGCGAAACAUCAUCAACUUCAGCACAAUGCUCUUCAUCUCUAGGAAGUGUAGACUGCUCCAUCACAAAGGACAAGUGUACUAUCCAGGUUCUGGACAGAGCUGUUACCAAGCCUCAAUUACCCGAUAUCAGCAAUAAAAUUGCUCCAAGUGGCUCUGAAUGUUCAAGCCGUUCAUCUUCUGAGCAUCAACAGCGCCAAUUCGAUACCAGUUCAUAUCAACAGCGGGCAGAGGCAUUGGAAGGGCUACUUGAGUUUAGUGCACGUCUCCUGCAGCAGGAGCGGUUUACUGAACUGGGGGUGCUGCUGAAGCCAUUCGGGCCUGAGAAAGUUUCUCCGAGAGAAACUGCAAUUUGGUUGGCAAAGAGCUUCAAAGAGACUGCAGUAUAGAAGAAAUGCUUCAUAUCAGAAGGUUGUUUUCCAAUUGUACAGGAUAUGCAAGUUGUUACGUUGUUUUCCUCAUAGAAAUUUAGGGCAUUGUCUUCCCCUUGAAGGCAGUUUAGAGGCGGUGUUAUCGGUUGAGUAGAAUUGAUUGCCACUGGGAGAGGCUGUACUUGAACUUGAAAACUGAAUCAAAGAAGAUGAAAUGAGAAAUUAUCCAACUGGCAUCUUUAA